AUGGAUGCAGAACACGACAGAGGGCGGCAGAGGUUGUCCCUUCUCGUGCGUAAUCUGAGUUUUCGUUCGAGCCCCGAUGAGGUGCGUGCUGCCUUCGAAGAGUUCGGCCCAAUCCGAGAUGUUUACCUUCCGCUCGACUAUCACACGGGGGAGCCACGCGGCUUUGGAUUCGUCGAGUUCGAAUCCAGCAAAGAUGCUUAUGAUGCCAUGCACCAGCUGCAUAAUACGUUGCUCAAUGGCUCGACAAUUCACGUCACCAUAGCGAAAAAAGGACGCUCAGACCCCAUGCAGAUGCGACGCAGAGAGCUUCGAGGAGAUAUUGAUAGGGAUGGACGAAGACGAGGAAAUCCACGCAGGCAGUGGGACUCAUCCCGAUCUCCCCCAUACAGCACCCGGUGCCCCUCAAGCGGAGGUCAUCGUCAGAAGGGUGACCGGAAUGCAGUAUCUCGUCGAGGACGCAGAUCGUGGAGCAGGCCACGCAGCCGCAGGGAUAGCAGCAGAUCACGUUCAAGUCGCAGGUGCAGAACGCCGCCCCAUCGUCAGAGCGGGCGCUCCCUUUCCCCGAGCCGAAGCCGGUCGUGCGAGCAAAGUGGAACAAGGUGGAAGGCAUUAAAAGGCAGUUGA